GGAAGCAGUGUCCAGAAGGCAUCUUCAGUUUCUCAUCAGAUUCUCUUGUAGAACUGCUAAUGGUGAGGUGAGCCCAGAGCUUCGGAGAGGACGCCUUGUGCAUGAACAGCAAGGCCAGGGCCUCUCCCUCACUCUAGGUACUGUCCAGCUUGCACAAUCCGUCUGUGAAAGCCUGGUGAGCAUUUCUUCCUGCGUGAGGCUCUCUGCAUGCUGUCAGUGCUCUUUAGGACCUCAGGGAAACCCGAACGAGCGUUUCUGGCUUUAGGACCCAGGAACUCUGAGGCAGCCUGGCUUUAGAUGCCUUGGACCACAGCACCACCUACUUAUAGAAGCAUCCCGAGCCUUAGCUUGUCUGCAUCUCCAUCGGAAAGUGUGCUGGCCACAUCCCUUCGGCCUCCGGGCAGUGUCCUGUCUUCCCCAGCGCGGGCAGGGAGAAACCUCAGCUGUGAAGUGGUGGUGGAGAGAUCCCUGGAAGCAGCGACUGGACCCGGACGCCGAGAGGAGAGCGGACGCGCCCCUCGCCGGGGAAUCGCUCUCGCGGGCGGAGACCUAGCAUCCCAGUGCUUGCGGUCGCGCUUGCCCGCCUGCGCGCUCCUGCCAGGCGCCGCCAACCCUGAGGACCCUCGGGGUCCGCGGACCCUGCUGCAGCCGGCCGAAUCCUAUAGCUGCCAAGAGCUCUCGGCGGGUGUUGGCAAACUUUUUCCGAGCCCACGUGCUGACCAAACAGCCCGGCUCGCUUUCCGAGCCUGGGAUGGAGCGCCGCGCCUAGGCACGCCGUGCAGCCUGAGACACGCGCGCACGGUUCACGGCGGAGGGAGAGAUGCUCAGCGAGCCAAACUGAUCAUUGCAGCUACAGGGCCAGUGGCAUCUGUCUCGAAUCCUCCCUAAGGAGCGCAACCCGCACUGUCUCCUCGCAGGAGCCCCGCGUUUCCUCGACUUUGAGAGGCAUCUCUCCCCAGCCCGACCGUCCAGAUGCGUUUUCGCCUCUUCUCUUUUGCCCUCAUCAUUCUGAACUGUAUGGAUUACAGCCAGUGCCAAGGCAACCGAUGGAGACGCAAUAAACGAGCUAGUUAUGUAUCAAAUCCCAUUUGCAAGGGUUGUUUGUCUUGUUCAAAGGACAAUGGGUGCAGCCGAUGCCAACAGAAACUGUUCUUCUUUCUUCGAAGAGAAGGGAUGCGCCAGUAUGGAGAGUGCCUGCAUUCCUGCCCGUCAGGGUACUAUGGGCAUCGAGCUCCAGAUAUGAACAGAUGUGCAAGAUGCAGAAUAGAAAACUGUGACUCUUGCUUUAGCAAAGACUUUUGUACCAAGUGCAAAGUAGGCUUUUAUUUGCACAGAGGCCGCUGCUUUGAUGAAUGUCCAGAUGGUUUUGCACCAUUAGAUGAGACCAUGGAAUGUGUAGAAGGAUGUGAAGUUGGUCAUUGGAGUGAGUGGGGAACAUGUAGCAGAAACAACCGCACGUGUGGAUUUAAAUGGGGUCUGGAAACCAGAACACGACAGAUUGUUAAGAAGCCAGCAAAAGACACAAUACCAUGUCCAACCAUUGCUGAAUCCAGGCGAUGCAAGAUGGCCAUGAGGCACUGUCCAGGAGGGAAGAGAACACCAAAGGCCAAGGAGAAGAGAAACAAGAAGAAAAGGAGGAAGUUGACUGAAAGAGCCCAAGAGCAGCACAGCGUCUUUCUAGCAACAGACAGAGCUAACCAAUAAAAUACAGGCAAUAGCUGGGGAAUUUUGAGGGGGAUUUUGUUGUUGCUGUUGUUUAUAUUGCAAAAGUGCACAAAGCUACUCUCCAAUCCACACUGGUGGAGAGCGUUCCCGCUGCUCCGACCAGUAUCCGUUUUCAGUAACAUUGCGAAGGGAAGUGCCCAAGCAUGGUCUCUGGGUUAUUUAUGCUUUGAUUUGAAUCUGGAGCCUUGUAAUAGCAGGAGCUUGUUGACCUCAUCAGUGGGAGCUGUUGCAUGUACACUCCUGUGAUGUGUCCUAAGAAUCGGCCCCGGGCACGGUGAACCUGCAGGAAGCAUGCAGCUGUAGAUCACCACCGGAGAAUGCACCUGUGCCUACUUUCCUGUGAGAAAAUGCAGAAGCGGGCAAGCGCUGUUUCUCGUGACUUUUGUUUCUCGCGUUGAGCAUCGUCAAAGACAAGUGGGAGUGGAAAUAAGGCGAAGUGUCACCGCCCAAAGUUCCCAUCAUUGGUGACUUUAAAAUGAUCUUGCGAUGGGACUGCUUUUAGCUAGGGGCAUUCUGUGGAAAUUCCUGCUAGAUUUCAGCCUCGCGCUGACAUGUACACACUCUGCUGAGCUAUCUGCAAAGCUCCAUCCUGUAUAUUUGUGCUUUUUGUGUGUAACUGGUCAUACCUGAUGAACAAGAUGUCACUUUGUUUCUAAUGGUUCCUAACCAUGGUCUGGUACAUGACUGUUCGAACUGUUCUAGUUUUGAAAAUUGACAAAUGUUUUGUUGCCAUUUGGUUUCUUCUGUUUGUAUUAUUUUUUGAUGGGGGUGGGGUGGGCUUGUUUCUAAUUGUAAGUUUAGGAUAAGCUAGUUUGUACAUAGAGUCAAAUGACUGACGUCAGAAUUUCAAUGCAUAUAGAACUUCCCCAGUUUGUAUCACACGUGCACACACACAUGCGUGCACACACACACACACAUGAGUAAGCAGCAUGUAGCAUCUUGCUAUCAGAAGCCCAACUCUUUCUGAGUCCAGAAAGUGGAUUUAUGAAACACAGCUGAAAACAAGAAGACUUCUGUGCAGUUACUUGUAUUUAUUACACAAUUCCCAGUUUCAUUUUUUUUUUCAGACUUAAAGUAACUCAUGACAAUCAAUGAUAGGGUCAGCUGGGAAAAUUUUUGGGUCACUGGAGUCACUGGGGAAGCUGCUAUCAUGAAACCACCCAGGAAGUGAAGGAGAAGAUAGAGGGCUUCCCACAACUGAAAGUCACAUUGCUCGUUUCUCCAUGGAGCCAGGAUGCCUUACACGAGAAGGAAGAACAUGACGGAGGCUACCCAGCCAACUCACACAAUGGUGAUGUUAAAAACAUCCCUUGUUCCCCUUGGGUCAAUCAGUCCUUUGUUUUAUGAAUUGGCAGGCUCUAAGUGCAUUAUCUUCUUGGCUGAUUCAGGAGAAACUUAGAACAAACGAAGUUGUAGAGUUUUGAGGAAACAGCCAAAGCAAGGUAAAGCCUUUUCCUCACCUUGCCUUGGUAAAACUACCUCUUCAGCAUUUUGUUGAGUCAGAAACAUCUUUCUGAUAUGUAUAGAUAUCAUAAGCUUCAUUAUGAAAAUAUUGAUGCAAGAUAAGCCAUAUAUGAAUGUUGUAUUCAACCUUAGGGCUUGCACUUAAUCCUAAAGUGUUCCCAUCCCUUCAUGUCUAUUCCCACUAUAUUCCUAUUUACUAAGUGGGGAGGGGUCUCCUUAAUAUCAUACUUCAUUGUUAAUAAGUCAAUGCUUAUGUUUCUGGGCUGUUGUUUUUGUGCAUUAAAAACUCAAAAGUUGCUUUUGGACUAUUUAUUUUUGCUUUACUAGUACAAUUACAGGGAGGUGCAAUGCUUCACCAACACUACUGCCUGCUUGUGACCCAUAAACACAUGAGCGAAUAUAUUGAUAACAGUGUUUAGGAUACUCAUUUCACUAAAAAUUAUUGCAAAGUAGUAGGAAAUGGGAUUUUCAGACCUAGACUGCCUACGUCCCAAUCUAGCCUAAGUACCCAGAGAGAAAUUAUUAGCUCUCCCUGUAAUGGUAGUAUAUUUUCAUUAUGAACAUUUGGCCUCCAUUUCUGUCUUAACACGACUAAAAAUGUGGAUGGACUGUGUGUCUUUUAAGAGUAAAACCCUGUGGACAAUGUUUGCAGUGCCUUUGUUUUCUGGGUGACUUAGUAGUACCAUGUGAUAAUUUCCAGACUGAAGUUUGGUAACAUUACGAGUCCCUUUGCAGUGGAGAUGGCAGACCAUGUGUCAAUGGCAGGGAUGUCAAGGAGAAAUCAUUAUAGGUGUAUUUUGGCAUGAGACCUAAAUGAUGAACAGGACUUUUCAAAAGAACAGCCUAACUAAUGGAAGGCACCAGUAUAAUGGUCCUGAGGAACAAACAAGAUGAGGAUGGUCGGAGUGAAGAAGAAAGAAAAGAUAAAAGUAUCGUAGGAGGAAGGUGGAACAAACAAAAAGACAGGAAUAGAGAAUACUCAUGAAGUCUGGGGAGAAUCACUGGAUUUUUGUCCUGCUUAAGCAAAAGAGAAGUGUGCUCGGAUUUCUGUACACUGUUCUCCAAAUCUUCUGUGUGAAAGGUAGAUUUUUAGAGGGAAGGCAUGGAGACAAAUUAGUAGGUCACUGCAUUAACCUGAUGAGAAUUUAUACAUGAUUGGUGAGUUGAUAGUAUCAGAGUAAAAGAGGAGGAGGAAUUGCGUCUAGGGGCUACAGGAGUUGGAUAGGAGGAAAAGGAAGACAUGGAGACAAGAUGUUUAGGUCUCUUGUUCCGAAUACCAGUAUUUAUGGGACAGAACUGGCAAUAAACGAGUCUUACUUUUCAUUUUCUGAUCUUGAAAUGGUAUUAGGUAGCUAAGUGGACACAGUAAGUAGGCAGCUGGUUAUAAAUAUAGACAUGAGGGCAAGGUCAAGGCCAGAAUAUAAUUUGGGAACAUACUGGGAUGUAGCUUGUUCUUUGAAUUAUAGACCUUCGUGUCUAUGAAAGAAUACAGAUAGGAGAACAAUGGCUUCAAGGUAUUUAAACCUUCAAUCUCAACCAGAGGGUGGGAUGAAAAUAAACAAGAAAAGGUAUCCUGAGAGGAACACCAGGAACAGUUACUAAGCAUGAUCAAGAAGAAUCAUACCGGGCAUUGUAACCCACAUCUAUAUAAUCCUAGCAUUCACAAGCUUAGGAGACUGAGAUUGGUCAAGAUUUCAAGGCUAGCCUUAGAUGUUUGAGGCCUGCCCCAGCUAUAGAAGACCUAUCUUUAUAACAAGGUGGAGUUCAAGGCUUUAUGUGGCUAUGUUCUCUCGUGAUUUAUAGUAAAAAUAUUUGGAGAAAUAGGGAUCAUUAGAAAAAAUGUAAUAAUGUAAUAAUUGAAGGUUUGUGUCUUCUCAAUUUUAUUUUGGAACUAUAUACUCCAAGAGUGAAAUUUACCAAUAGGUUACAAUCCCUUGAAAAUGGUUUUGAUAAUAGAGAAAACAUAAAGUAUGUCAAUGCUUAAAACACUUGGAAACUACUCUUCACAUAAAUGUGAUAAUGAUACCUAAUUUCAGGUUACCAUAUCAUCUACCAAUUUCAUCCACAUUUAUGAUGAAAUAAUUAUCUCAAUGGCUCUACAAAGGUUUUUCUUUUAUUGCUUUCAAAAUCAAUAAAAUUUAUCAAGUGAGCUACAGAACAAGCAUUCUGUGAAUUAUAGGUCCUUGGGUUUGUAAUUUUCAGCAAUGAGGAUUUCUCAAACUUGUAAUUAUUGAGUUACUUUGGUAGCAGCUCUCUGAUGUGAGCGCAUACAUGUCUGAACAGAAUUAGGUAGUGCACAUGCACGCAAUCAUAGUGUUUAAAGAAAAUCAUGAUCAUGGUAAAAGUACUUCUUUUUUCCAUGGGUUUCUAUGUAAAAUAGAACAAAUGAAAGCUUUAAUUACUUGCGUCUCAAUUUUAAAUUAAAUAAAUAUGUUGUUAU